AUGGCUGAUUCCCAGAGAAUUACUACCAAGGCGUAUGUGGUGGAGUCCCAAGGCGCUCCGUUUACCCUGCGAGAUGUCAUCCUAGACGCCUUGCAGCCAGACGAAGUCCUGGUGGAAUUAAAGUACACAGGGAUCUGUCAUACUGACAUUGUCGUCCAACAUGGCGGAAUGCCCAUUGGAAGCUACCCAGCCAUCCUCGGCCACGAGGGCGUGGGCAUCGUGCGGCAGAUUGGAUCGCAGGUGAAAGAUAAAUCUCUCAGCGAAGGGGAUGCCGUCCUCCUCGGAUUCCGUACCUGUCGACAGUGCUCGCCCUGCCUGGAGGGCCGGUGCGGAGCGUGCCCCCAUAUGACCGAAUACAACUUUGUCAGCGCCCGUCGCCGCGAGGGCGCGAAGCCCAUAUACUCCUUUCCCGACGGCACGCCCGUUCAUGGCCAGUUCUUCGGGCAAUCCUCCCUCAGCAAACUCGCCAUCGUCGCACAAGACUCCGUCGUCAAAUGCGAGGUGGACGACAAGUCGCUUCAAUACCUAGCCCCCCUGGGCUGCGGGUAUUCCACCGGCGCCGGAACCGUGUUCAACGCCCUCCGCCCCAAACCCGAGUCCACAAUCGCCAUCUUGGGAAUGGGUGCCGUCGGCCUGGCGGCAUUGCUUGCCGCCAAAUCCAUGGGCGUUGGUCAGAUCAUCGCCGUGGACAUUGUGGACUCCAAGCUCGAACUGGCCCUCUCCAUGGGCGCGACGCACACCAUCAACACCAAACAAGUUCCCGACCUCUGCUCCGGUAUUCGAGCGCUUUUCCCGGAUGGCGUGGACCAGAUCAUCGAUACUACCGGCGUGUCGGCCCUUAUGCAAGCUUCCAUGAAAGCCCUGGGGCACGAGGGCGUGCUCGCCGUGGUCGGCGUUCCGCGCCCUGGAGACUCGAUUCAGAUCGAUGCCUUGGAUUUACUUGUCUCAUGCAAACGAGUCAUUGGCGUGAUUGAAGGUUUUGCGGAUUCAAAGGAGAUCAUUCCUCAACUCGUGAAGUUAUAUCGACAAGGAAACUUCCCCGUUGAUCGCAUUUCAACCGUCUAUCCCGCUGAACGGUUGGACCAGGCGAUAGAAGAUCUUAAAACCGGAAAGGUUAUCAAGCCCGUCUUGUCUUGGGAUAGCAUUUGA